AUCCUCAACGGCCUUUAGCUUGUUCUUCUUUAAACACAAACCAUAAGGGGGGUCGUGGGGACAAAACGGAAAUGAAGCUGAUCAAACUCUGCACAAAUUGUCUUAUACUUACCCUCCUGUGGACCAGUUUUACAAGCCCAAGCCCAAUCCCAAGUCCUACACCAUGGCCAGAGCAAUUCCACGCGCUGCUGUACAUGAACCUGAGCAGCACGCGGCUCCAACUGAGUGACCUGUGGUACGACUGGCCAAAGGGACGCAACGUGAACAUAUUCCAGAGACAGUUAAGUGAUGUGUUGUACGACAUCGAGUGGAACAAUGGCACCACGUUCUACUACACUUUGGGGCCUAACGGAACCUGCAGGGUGGAGGAUUUCGAGGUUGGGAUUCCCAGGCCUGAUUUCAUGGUUGAUGGUUCUGUUUAUCUUGGAACCCAGGUCACUGAUGGCAUCCUUUGUAAUGUUUGGGAGAAGAUUGACUUCAUUUGGUACUACGAGGAUGUCCUUUCCAACAUCCCUGUUCGCAUGGAUUUCUAUGACGGAAUAUCGAUACACGUGAUGACGUUUGAGGUUGGUGCUGUUUUGCCGGAUUCAUCGGUGACCCAGGCACCCGUAUAUUGUUUCAAUCAAGGCCAGCAUCUCCGCUAUAGCUAGUACAUGCACGGUGCCAACACGUGAUAUUCACUAUCAUGCGUCGCUGUUUUUCUUCUUAUGAUUUUAUAUUGUAUGUCAAUACUGUUUCUAAAAUAUAAAUAAGAGGUAAAAAAAAAAUAGAGGGAUA